CACAUCUCUAUUUCAACUAUCGCCUGAUCACCCCGACGACUUCAAUCAACGCAACUACUCGGGUCUGCCCACUUUCAACGAGUCGGUCGUAAUUCGGUCUCUGCGCCGAUACUGCCGUGCCCCUCGCUUCCGUCCGCCGUCAACUAUCGGCGCCGGCCGUUGUUGCUCAUCGGAUCGCGAAACCCCUCGUUCCGCUCAACCCGCCACUUUCAUCUCAGAAACCAAUAUCAACUACACAACAAUAGUCGAAAUGGCUUGCGACUACCAAUACGUCAAGGAGCACACGAGGGAGGAUUACGUCUUCCCCUCGCACCGCUUCCAACGAUCAUGCCCUCCAGACAAAACUCCGCUAUGUCUCGUUGCUUGCGGCUCUUUCAGCCCAAUCACGUAUCUUCACCUUCGGAUGUUCCCCAUGGCUCGGGACCAUGCUCACAAUGAGAAUUUCGAAGUUGUUGCGGGCUUUUUGAGUCCUGUCAGCGAUGCCUAUAAAAAGAAGGGUCUCGCCCCUGCUCAUCAUCGGAUUGAGAUGUGUAGACUUGCGACCGAGAACAGUUCCAAGUGGCUAAUGGUCGACCCGUGGGAAGCUGAGAGCCCAACUUAUAUCCCAACCGCCAAAGUGCUUGAUCACUUUGACUAUGAAAUCAACGAGGUCAUGGGUGGUGUUGAAUGCACUGACGGAACUCGAAAGCGUUGCCGCAUUGUGCUCCUUGCUGGCCUCGAUCUCAUCCAGACCAUGUCGACUCCAGGUGUCUGGGACGAGCGUGACCUUGACCACAUCCUGGGUAAUUAUGGCGUUUUUGCUUUGGAGCGCACGGGAACUGAAAUUGAUUCAACCCUGGCAAACCUGAAGCAAUGGGAGAAGAAUAUUCACAUAAUCCGUCAGGUCGUUACAAAUGACAUCAGUAGCACCAAGAUUCGCCUGUUGCUCAAACGUAACAUGUCGAUUGACUACUUGAUUCCUGACCUUGUAGUCAGUUACAUAUUCGAAAACAAUCUUUAUCGCGAUCUCGAUAUGCCCGACUCCAAGGGCAAGGAGAACGCUAUCACGAAUGGGCCCGAUGCCGGCACCAGCACUGGUUGAAUGUCUCCGUCAUUCCGGAAAACGAUAGAACCUGUGCCCCACCCUGACAUCGGUCCCGAUGCCCCUACCCAGCUUUGAGCACGGUCACCGAAUCAUUGAGAGCUCACGACAUAAAAGACCAGAGCCCAGGCUAUGAGCGAGGACAGCUUCCAAUAUGAUGUUUGAGUCGUUGCGAUUUCAGGGUCAAAGGAUCAAUGUUAUAGACAUCGCAAUGGACCACAAUGGUUGAGUUGGGUCCAGUCCUAGA